CGUCUAAGGAAAUACCUUAGUUCAUUCAGAGGCAAGCCAGCGUUUGUGUUGACUGCUCAGAGUCCACGAACUUGGGCUACUGGUUCACAUCUUGACGACCCCCUGCUCCUGAGGGAUUUUUUUCAACCCCCACCCUCUUUUUUUCACAUACCAGGCGUCUGACUUGUCUGUAGCACCAAUGGCUUACCACAGCUUCCUGCUGGAACCAAUCAGCUGUCAUGCCUGGAACAAAGACUCGAGCCAGAUUGCCUUGUGUCCAAACAACCAUGAGGUUCAUAUCUACAAGAAGGCAGGCAACAGCUGGACCAAAAUUCAUGAACUGAAGGAGCACAAUGGCCAAGUGACCGGGAUUGACUGGGCCCCAGAGAGCAACCGUAUCGUGACCUGUGGCACUGACCGUAACGCCUACGUGUGGACCUUGAAGGGGGACACCUGGAAGCCAACCCUGGUCAUCUUGAGGAUCAAUCGCGCUGCCCGUUGUGUGAAGUGGUCCCCAAAGGAGAACAAGUUUGCCGUGGGCAGUGGUUCCCGCCUCAUCUCCGUGUGUUAUUUCGAGCAGGAAAAUGACUGGUGGGUGUGCAAGCACAUCAAGAAGCCCAUUCGUUCCACUAUUCUGUGCUUGGACUGGCACCCAAACAAUGUUCUGCUGGCAGCUGGGUCAUGUGACUUCAAGUGCAGAAUUUUCUCUGCUUACAUCAAGGAGGUGGAGGAGAAGCCUGCGCCUACUCCAUGGGGCUCCAAAAUGCCCUUUGGGGAGGUGAUGUUUGAGUCCAGUGGCACUGCUGGUUGGGUCCACGGAGUGAGCUUCUCUAGCAGUGGAGGCCGGGUGGCCUGGGCCAGUCAUGACAGCACAGUGGCCGUGGCCGAAGGGAGCAAGACCGCUGUGAUCACUAGUCUGUCCUCUGAGACUCUGCCUCUACUAUGCGUGACCUUCAUCACAGAGAACAGCAUCGUGGCAGCUGGCCACGACUGCUACCCUGUGCUGUUUGCGUAUGAUGCUGGAAAAGGGGCCAUCACCUUUGGCGGGAAGCUGGAUGUGCCCAAGCAGAGCGUCCAGAAGGGCCUGAGUGCCAGGGAGCGUUUCCAGAACCUGGACAAGAAGGGCGCCGAGACCAAAGAGACUGGACUGAACUCGCUGCACAAGAACAGCAUCAGCCAAAUCUCCAUUCUGGAAGGUGGGAAAGCAAAGUGUGCCAAAUUCUGCACUACUGGAAUGGAUGGGGGAAUGGCCAUUUGGGAUGUGAAGACUAUUGAAUCUGCAAUGAAGGACCUGAAGAUCCAGUAAAUGUUGAGCAAUUAACUGCACCAUGGUACUCAAUUUGCUUUUUAUACAAAUACUAUAUGAAGUAAUAAAACAACUGUUUUUUUCUGCUGUCUUUUUUAUCAACCAGUGCCAAAUUGGCAUAGCAAAGCUGUUAUGCUUUCAAAAAAUAAAGCAGUUACUUAACGCUGCUCGUCAGUUAUAUGCUGGUCAUAAAAUGCUUUCUGUUCAAGUCAAGAUAUGACUUAAAUGUUCUUAUCCGUUUGAAAUGAAUAAAAAAUGAGAUUUGACCUGA